AAUGCACAGGAGCAGGGCUGGGAUCAAGUGACUCCAUCCAGGGGUAUAAAUAGAGCCUGACGCUGGGUGAUAGGCAAAACUCUCCACAUGCCUGCAAUGAUUCGGAAAGACAGAGGAGUUAUAACAAAAAGGAGCUUCUUUCUUUUCCCGGAAAAGAGUGUGAAUAAAGGCCAAGAAGCUGUUUAAACAACUAUAAAUCUAAGGACAUGGAUUUCCAAUCGAGCAUCAUCCAGGAGUCCAACAGGAUGGAGAACCUGGAGAAGCAGUUGAUCUGCCCCAUUUGCCUGGAGAUCUUCUCCAAGCCUGUGGUCAUUCUGCCUUGCCAACACAACCUGUGUCGAAAAUGUGCCAAUGAUGUGUUUCAGGCUGCAAACCCGUACUGGACGUCCCGUGGUACUAAUAUUUCGGGAGGCCGUUUCCGGUGUCCAUCAUGUCGUCACGAGGUGGUCCUGGACCGGCACGGGGUCUACGGGCUGCAGAGGAAUCUGCUGGUGGAGAACAUCAUCGACAUCUACAAACAGGAGAGCAGCAGCCCCAGGCCACUGAAGAAAGUAGACCAGCCCAUGUGUUUGGAGCAUGAGGAUGAGAAGAUCAAUAUUUAUUGUGUGACCUGCCAGGUGCCCACCUGCUCCAUGUGCAAAGUGUUUGGAGCUCACAAGAACUGCGAGGUGUCACCCCUGGAGAAUGUCUACCAGCAUCAAAAGACGGAGCUCAGUGAUGGCAUUGCUACACUGGUGGCAGGCAACGACCGAGUCCAGGCCAUCAUGAACCAGCUGGAGGACACCUGCCGAACCAUCGAGGAGAACAGCCAACGGCAGAAGCAGAGCCUCAGCGAGCACUUUGACAUGCUCUACGCCAUCCUGGAGGAGAGGAAAGGGGAGAUGCUGCUGAAGAUAAGCCAGGAGCAGGAAGAGAAGAUGAGCUACGUGCGUUCCCUUAUACAACAGUACAAGGAGCAGUUGGACGGGAGCUCCAAACUGGUGGAGACAGCCAUCCAUUCUAUGGAAGAGCCAACAGUGGCAACAUUCUUAAUGAAUGCUAAACAGCUCCUUAAAGACAUGACAGAGGCUUCCAAACAGACACACAUCCAGAGAACAGAGCCUGGCUUUGAGAACAUGGAUCACUUCACCCUCAACAUCGAACACAUAGAGGCAAUGCUCAGAACCAUGGACUUUGGAACAGCAGAACAUGAUGAGGAGUAUGAUGAAGAGGAGCAAGAGGAGGAGGAAGAGGAAGGGGGAGAGGAGCCAUCAGAAGAUCAAACAACAGGUCAAGACUGAUUUUUCUAAACAGUGCUCUGUAAAGGAGUUUCCAAGGAAACACUUGAGCAAGCCGGAUGACUUUAAGAGCGAAAGCAAUUGGACGAAGACUCACAGGGUGACAUCAGGAGGUGUUGUCUACACAUGACACAAGACACAAGAGAGGGGGUUGGCAAAUAACUCAGGGGUUUACAAACUCCAAACUCAGGAGAGUUUCUGGAACAUGUACAGCUAAGAACAAGUCAGAUCAAAGAUUUCAAAGCCAUUCACAUCUUUCAUAGCUUUCCCAUUCUUAUUUCAGCAUGAAUUUCUUCGAUAGGUGUGUCCUACACAGCCAUGAACUGUGCUUGUUUAAUAAGAAGAAUGCAUACUGGUGUGAUGCUUUUUUUAUCAAAGCAAAGAAACCUGCAGUGGUUAAUAUUGAUUUUUGAACAACUCAUUGUUAAAGUGUCACCAGCCAACAGAAUCAACAGAAUUCAACAAACAUUCUUUGACUAUCUCAUCAUGUGAUGGCUUGUCCAUACUGAAAUGCCAAGAGGUCAGUUUAAACAGAGGCUUGUUUAUAAUACAUGAACAGGAGGAACUAUUUUGCUGUGAUUAAAAUAAUUUUGGAUAUGGUGCCAUAGAAAGAAUUGUAACUAUGUAUGGACUACUGUUUGUAUGACACUGUGAAUCAUUUGAAUGGCAACCAUUCUAAAAACAUAAGUAUGAUUUAAACUAUUUCCUAAUCAUCUCCAAAGACACAGCAAGAAACUACGUCCAUAUUUGCUGAUCCCUUGUAGUAGACCAUUACAGAAUUAUUUCCAAAUGACAUUGGCAGUGAAACACAGGCCAUCAGAGUUAAACUGUAAAUGGAAUGCACCGUAGAGAACAUCUGGCCAUUUCCACACCAAGAAAUCUCUCCACUUCAGCUGCACAAGGUUAACAAAAUGGUACAACCUUGGAAGUAAAUAUUCUGAGUGUGGUAUCUUUGAUUGAUUGAUGUACAAAACAUACGCACAGGCCAAAAUCUUAAGAACCACUAUUAAAUAAUAUGCCUCUGUCAGUGGCAAGAAUAUCUGAACAUGUUCCAUUAGAUUUUAGAUGGUUUGCAGCCCAAUCCCAUUCCAUUCUUAUUGCAAAAUCACCUUCAAUUGAGGUUAAGAUUAGGUAAUUCAUGGGACUGACCUGCACGCUCAGGGCUUGCUACAGGACGUCUAUCCAUGUGACUGGGGGGUUUAAAUUGGUGUGUAAGUCGGCUGCUUUUAUAAUCAGAAAUAUGCACUGUAUCAGAAUUACAGUGCUUUACAAUAUCUGGAGUAGACGCUUUAUGGUCUUCAAUGUGCAAAUUAUUUGGCAUAUGGUGUGAUGGUCUGCAAUUGGGAACAACAUGGUUUAGGUUAGGUGUGCACGGUCAUGGUCCUGGAGAACAAGUCUGCACCUUUUCAUUCCAGUUCAUUUCUUAAAAAGCUAAACCAGCUGGUUACUGGCUUAACUGGACCACUUUAACGGGUUCCUCCAGCUCUUCAGGUGCUGCUGCUUUUAAGAUAUUUUGAAAACCUGCAGACACACCAGCCCCUCCAGGACCAGGAUUGCACACUUCCAGUUUAAGUGAAAUGCUCAAAACAAUCCCAGCUGAUGAUAGGAACAGAGUGACAGAAUUUUUCCCUUUAACAGAGCUCUGUAUAUGUUUCAGUAAUAAACUAGAGAGUUCCUGAAAUCCUUAAAUAUUUCAGUAAAUAAGUAUAAUCCCUGGUUUUGAAGACAAGAUGAUUAAGACAGAGGUUUCCUGCUCAACAGCGUCUUCUGUGGUUGGUGCUGUGAAAGACCUUUGAGCACAAGACAGGAUUUCUUUAGCUGACCCAGUCAUGGAUCAAACUGGCGCAGCUCCUGAAAGAAGGACUCUUUUUAUAUUGAUGCAAAAUGGAUCAUUUUGCACAUUUUAUACUACUUUGUUUUGUAUAUGAGGUCAAGGGGAACAUAUUUUUAACUGCAAAAAAUAUGUUACGAACACUAAUGAACUUGAAAUGACAUACUGACAUUUGUUUACAUGUCAAAAACUACCUACAUGGAAUUGCAAUGCUUGAAUGACAGAAGGAUGUGCAGAUUAAAUGCAACAGGCUGUAGGACUGUAGUCAAGAUGGAUACCUGGUUAGGUUGUCUGAACAGUUUAUGAGAUAGCUGUAUUUGCUAUGUUUAUGAGACGUAUUCAGGGGUAACCACAUGUUGCACUGAAGAAAUGAAUUUUGUGAUCAUUGCACAGUGAAAUAAAGUGUUGUUAAAUUUGUUGGAA